CCGGCAAGGGCCCCCCGCUGCCCUCGCUGCCGCAGCACCAGAUGAACCUGCACAACAUGCAGCUCGAGUGGCUGCGCACCGGCAUGUUCUACCCGCGCCUGCCCGACCUCGCCGGCUGCGGCGGCCAGCACGCGCUGCUCGGCAAGACGCGGCGCCCCAGGACGGCCUUCACGUCGCAGCAGCUGCUGGAGCUCGAGAAGCAGUUCCGGCAGAACAAGUACCUGAGCCGGCCCAAGCGCUUCGAGGUCGCCACCAACCUCAUGCUGACCGAGACGCAGGUCAAGAUCUGGUUCCAGAACCGGCGGAUGAAGUGGAAGCGCAGCAAGAAGGCCCAGCAGGAGGCCAAGAACCGCGACGACGGUCGCGAGGGCCGCGAGGGCCGCGACUCGGAGAAGCGGUCCGGCUCGGGCGCCAAGUCAUUAGUGUUAAUGGUAGGAGUUUUAGCUGAAAACCACAAUUCAGGAAAUGCCCUGGACUCGUUUCAAUGA